CUACUCGUCGAUGAUAUAUCGGAAAUACUUCAACACCUCGGCUCUUUGCCUUAUAUUCAUGGUGUGCUACCAUAGAACCAGUGCAAGUAGGUUUUCCGCUCGUCUUACGUCAGUGUCCUCAGUAUCUUGAUAAAACGGUAAAAAGCUCACAACGUUAGCGUCCCGUUAAACUGAAAAUACGUCAAUCCCAUCAGGGUGAUUGACAUGAUUCCAGUGGUGGUGGUCCAUGGAGGGGCAGGUCAUGUCCCAAGGGAGCGGUCAGAAAAGUCCUUGGAGGGGGUGUGCUCAGCAGCCAGGGCAGGGUACACCAUCCUGAGGGGAGGGGGCAGCAGCAUGGACGCUGUGGUAGAGACUGUGACCCAGCUGGAGAAUAACCCCGCCUUCAAUGCAGGGUGUGGAUCAGUACUCACCAACAAGGGAGAUGUGGAGAUGGAUGCCAUUGUGAUGGAUGGGAAAACACUGAGUAGUGGUGCAGUUUCUGCUGUACGCAACAUAGCCAACCCUGUCCAGCUAGCAAGACUUGUCAUGGACAAGACGAGCCAUGUGUAUCUGACAGCAGAGGGUGCCAAUCAGUUUGCGCGGUCCAUGGGUAUCCCUGAGGUGCCACCUGAGUCCCUCGUCACCGAGUACUCCCGCAUGCGUUGGAAAAAGAACCUGAGACCAGAAAGCAACCCUGUGGAGUGCCAAAUGGGGAAGAUGGGCACGGUUGGAGCUGUGGCAGUCGAUAGUGAGGGCAACAUAGCCUGCGCGACUUCCACCGGUGGGAUCCUAAACAAGAUGGAGGGACGGGUGGGCGACACUCCCUGCAUAGGGUCUGGAGGUUAUGCUGACAACAAUGUGGGAGCAGUGUCAGCUACAGGCCACGGAGAAGCCAUCCUGAAGGUUACUCUAGCCAGACUCAUCCUGUUCCACAUGGAGCAAGGUAAGUCAGCGGAGGCUGCCAGUGAUUUAGCUCUGGACUACAUGAAGUCAAGAGUAGGUGGGCUGGGUGGGGUGGUGACAGUGGACCCUCAGGGCCACUGGGCUGCUCGCUUCAGCAGCCUGCAGAUGAUUUGGGCUGCAGCCCAGAAUGAUACCCUGCACUACGGCCUGUACACUGGGGAAGACUUCACCCAGAGCAUCGAUGACCCACAUUGACAGGAAAUACAUGGUUUCAUAUUUUGAAGGAACUGUCCGUAGAACAAAAGUUUGAUUCAUAAACACAAUGCUCUAAAUCAGUCAUAUUGGCCACAGCUUUGGAGCCAAACUGUCUGCCCAACUGAGGAGAAACUCUGUGUCUUAAGAUCAUCUUUUGUAACUAACUGCGUACUCACUGUACUUAAAUAUUUACUUAAGUAUUGUACUUCAGAGUUUUUCCAUUUUAUACUAUAUAAUUUUAUUCCACGACUACUUUUUACCUUACUUCAUUUAUUUGACAUCUUUAGUUACUUUGCAGAGUUAGAUAACUAAUACAAAAAUAUGAAUCACUUAGCUAAUUUUUAACAUGUUAUUAAAGACUAAGCUCCUAAGCAAUAAAGUAAUUAACAUGAGCUCUACCUUCACCGGCUACAGCAUUAAAGUAAAUGCAUCCGUAAUUAUAUUCCAAUAGAAAAUUGGCCAUUCUAAGUGACGAGUACUUUUAAUUUUAGACUCUUAUUAUAUUUUGAGGCUUAUACCUUUGAUAUUAAUGCACUAAUAUACUAAUAAUGUACUAUGAAUGAAGGACUUUUACUUGAACCAGAUUAUUUUACACUGUAGUACUGCUACUUCUACUUGAAUGAAAUGAUCAAAGUACAUCUAUAAUCUAGAAUCUAAAAUUAUUCUAUAGUUUGUUGAAAUUUCACCAACAGCAUUGACAGAACCCUCAAACACAGACAAGCAGCGUUAUUGCCCUGUUUUAUUAAAACAUUGCUAAAAAUCUCAGCCCAGUAUUUCUUUACAUCUACAGUAUGGUUGUACUGACCUGAUAUGUGCAGAAUUAAGAUGGCACACAGAGGACACUUGGUAGAUGUUAUAGUGAAUUCCUUGCCUGGGAUCAAGACUAGACCUUCAAAUCUGCCCAGUCCUGUACCUUAAGGCCAAAACACACCGGCGCCGUACGACGCGCGUCAAAACAGCCGCCCCCAUUAUUUUCUAUUUACAAACCCACACCUGCGGCGGCUCGACGCGCCUCGACUUGCCGCAUCGCGGCACUUCACGCUAUUGUCCUAUUUUACCAGCGUCGCCGCCCUUGAAAAGGCGCUAUUUUGUACUUCCCAGCUCUCGCGGACUGGAGUGUGCAAUAGAAAUCCGGUUGACGCCCCGCAGCGCGACGCUUUUUGUGUGUGUUGGGGGCGGCACUUGACUCGCGUCAAUGUCGCUGCCGUCAUAUGACGCCGCCGGUGUGUUUUGGCCUUUAGGUUUUUAAACUUUGACAAAGUGUGAAAUUUUGUACUAAUUUCAACAAUGUAAUAAAUUAAGAAUUGCACAAGCUUUUCAAACAGAGAAAAUAUUUUCAGUCAAAUGUAAUAGAAGUAUUUUUGUUUGUGAAUGUAUGUGUUUCUCAUCUGAUCACACCUCAGUCUUGUGUACUGAAAUACUUGUAAAGUCCAACAGAGCCAAUAGUUGCAAGGUGCUGCUGAUCAGAUGACGAUUGUCAGUGCUGAAGCUUUGUGUUGGGAAAACACUGAUCAUUGACAAUAAACACUUUAAAUCCCUGA